AUGGCCUACGUCGUGCCAAUUCACCGCGCCAGCAGCGUUCGGCAUGCUUUGAAGCUUCAAUUCUUUCAGCCGGAGGAAGAAUGCCUAGUUGUCGCCAAAGGAGGCCGUCUAGAAUUUUACCAGCUCACCCCCGAUGGCCUCACCUUGGCUACCUCCCGCGCUCUUUACGCAAAAGUCUCCAUGCUAGCCAAGCUGCCUCUCCCCGCCAACUCGACGACGGACCAUCUAUUUGUCGGCACCGAUCAGAAUACCUAUUUCACGUUAAGCUGGGAUAGUGAGAAGAAAUCGGUUCGCACAGAACGGAGCUAUGUCGAUUUGGCCGACAAGGCCUCUCGAGAGACUCAAAAUGGGGAUCGGUGUCUGAUAGACCCGAGCGGGAAGUACAUGACACUAGAGAUUUUCGAGGGCAUUAUCACCGUGGUACCAAUUAUUCAAGCCCACAAAAGACGAGGGAAACCCCCGGUAGUAGGAACCACUCAUUUCAGUAACCCAGAUGAGCCUCCAAUUCAGAUCGGGGAGCUGGGAGAGCCCAUGAUGACCAGGAUUGAUGAGCUCAUGGUUCGAUCGUCCGCGUUCCUGCACGUCGAGAGCAAGGCCGCCCCUCGUUUGGCUCUACUCCAUGAGGACAAUCAGCGAAAAGUUCAAUUAAAGGUUAGGGAGCUUCACUUUGAAGCCCCAUCAGAGCCGGUUUUCCAAGAGGCUGAGAAUUUCGCCCAGGAGCUGGAUCUGGGAGCCGCGCAUUUGAUACCAGUUCCGGCACCGCUGGGCGGGCUUUUGGUUCUCGGAGAGACUUCAAUCAAGUACAUCGAUGAUACUAAUAAUGAAACUAUUUCAAAGCCUCUGGAUGAAUCUACAGUAUUUGUCGCAUGGGAACAGGUAGACGGUCAACGGUGGCUGUUGGCGGAUGACUAUGGUCGGUUGUUCUUUUUGAUGCUGGUUUUAGAUUCCCAGAACGAGGUCGAGGGAUGGAAAAUAGAUUAUCUGGGAGAGACGUCGCGCGCGUCGGUUCUAGUUUACCUCGGUGCCGGUGUCACGUUUAUUGGAUCCCACCAGGGCGAUUCUCAAGUCAUUCGGAUCGGCGACGGCUCUUUUGAGGUCAUACAGACUCUAUCGAAUAUUGCGCCGAUUCUAGACUUUACCAUAAUGGACCUUGGUACUCGUGAAGGGGACAACUAUACACAUGAAUUUUCAUCUGGCCAGGCCCGCAUUAUAACCGGCUCUGGUGCCUUCAAUGACGGCACCUUGAGGAGUGUACGAAGCGGUGUCGGCCUAGAGGAGCUGGGCGUGCUUGGGGAAAUGGAUCAUAUCACCGACAUGUGGUCACUCCAAGUUGCUAGCAGUGGAGAUUUUACUGACACCCUCGUGGCCACUUUUGUCAACGAAACCCGGGUCUUUCGUUUCAGUUCCGAAGGUGAAGUGGAGGAGCUCGACGAAUUCUUUGGGUUCAACUUGUCAGAAAACACUCUUUUGUCUUGCAAUCUGCUCGGAGGUCGUAUUCUGCAUGUCACAGAAAACGCGGUCUGUAUAGCUGACAUCGAGAGUGGCAUGACAACGUCGAGGUGGCUUCCUAGCGGUCAGGCGAUCACGUCAGCUUCAUCGAAUGAUGAGAAUCUCGUUCUCGUAGUUGGAGGGCAGACCAUGUUUGUCAUGGAUAUAAAAAGCGAUCUAAAAGUUACCUCGCAAAAAGAUUUUGGAAAAGACAACCAAGUCUCCGGCGUCACGAUUCCAUCUUCGCCCUCACAAAUAUGCAUCACAGCUUUCCCGCAAAAAGCUCAAGUUUCUGUCUUGUCUCUGCAGGAUUUGACUGAACUGCAAAGUGAAUCACUGGGAACUACUCGAGAAGCUUUUCCGCGAGCCGUUGUACUGGCAGCUAUCCUGGCUGAUAGUCCCGCCACGCUGUUUAUUUCGAUGGCGGAUGGCAGCGUGGUGACGUUUUCUUACGAUGCCGAUAAUCAUUCUCUAACUGGCAUGAAUAAGCUGAUUCUUGGCUCGGAGCAACCGACGUUCAAAAAGCUUCCUCGCGGCGAUGGGCUCUUCAAUGUCUUUGCGACUUGUGAACAUCCCAGUUUGAUAUACGGGUCUGAAGGCCGGAUUAUAUACUCAGCAGUAAACUCUGAAGGCGCAGCCCGCGUCUGUUACUUCAACACUGAAGCAUAUCCAGAUGCUAUUGCUGUCGCCACUGCAAGUGAUCUGAAGAUCGCGCUUGUCGACAAAGAGCGCACGACCCAAAUCCAGACACUACCAAUUGGAGCCACCGUUCGACGAGUGGCAUACUCUCCAGCAGAGAAGGCGUUUGGUAUCGGAACCAUCAGGCGUACGUUGCGCAACGGGGCUGAAAUCGUAGAAAGUCAAUUUGUACUUGCAGAUGAAAUCAUGUUCCGACAACUAGACGCCUUUGACCUGCGUGAAGAUGAGCUUGUCGAGAGCGUAAUCCGCGCUGAAAUGUCUCCACAAAAGUCCCAAUCUGGAGAACCGGCACCUCGAGACCGAUUUAUUGUCGGUACAGCAUAUUUAGACGACGACGACGAAGAAGGGCCAAUCCGAGGACGUAUUCUGGUGUUUGAAGUUGAUGCUAAUAGGAAGUUAAAUCUAAAGACACAACAACCCGUCAAGGGCGCGUGUCGUGCAUUGGCUAUGAUGGACAACAAGAUAGUUGCUGCUCUGGUCAAGACGGUGGUCGUCUUCAAGGUCCAAGAAGAUAUGCUUGGAUCCCCAAUAGGGCUGGUCAAGUCUGCAGUUUAUCGCACGUCAACAGCGCCUGUUGACCUUAGCGUCAGUGGAAACACCAUUGUUGUUGCAGACUUGAUGAAGAGCAUUUCGGUGGUGGAGACUGGUAGAAACCAGGAGUUCCAAGACGAAGCCAAGGAAGUAGCCCGCCACUUUGCGACUGUAUGGACGACCGCGGUGGCAGAUAUCGGAUUGAACCAGUGGCUCGUUGGCGAUGCCGAAGGAAACCUCAUUGUCCUUCAGCGCAACGUGGAUGGCGUCACGGACGAAGAUCGUCGACGGCUGGAGGUGACCAGUGAGCUGCUUCUCGGUGAGAUGGUCAACCGCAUUCGACCAGUAAAUAUACCGCAGACUUCGACCGUAGCUGUGACCCCAAAAGCAUUCCUUGGAACGGUCGAAGGAUCGAUAUACCUUUUUGCCCAGAUCAAUCCCGAACACCAAGACUUCCUCAUGCGCCUACAAACGACCAUUGCUGCAUACGUCGACUCUCCCGGUCAGAUGUCUUUCAACAAAUUCCGGGCCUUCCGCUCUACGGUACGUGAAGCGGAGGAGCCUUUCAGAUUCGUUGACGGGGAGCUCAUUGAACGGUUCCUGGACUGUGAUAACGCCGUGCAAGAGGAAAUUUUGGGUCUUUUAGGUACCAAUGUGAACCUGGAAACUGUGCAGAAGAUGGUAGAGGCAUUGAGGAGGUUGCAUUAG